CCUCACGAGUGCAACAAUCCAUCAUGCCUGAACGAUCCGGCUUCCAAUAUGCCUCUUUCGACUGGGAAUCGUACAUGCGAUUCCGCCCAGCCUACCCUCCCAAAGUUUACUCGACCGUGUACGACCACCACAAGGCCAAUGGAGGGAGCUUCAACUCCGCAGUAGAUAUCGGCGCAGGGAUUGGAAUCGUAUCUGCCGAGCUCGUGAAGAAGUUCUCCCACGUAACGGUCACCGAUCCCUCUGCUGAGUACGUGGAAGCUGCAAAGGCGUUCCUCGCGGCGAACCCCAAGGAAAAGGGCGCGAAAAUCAGCGUACCAUACCGAUGCCCUCAAUGCCACCGCCUGCCGCUACGAUCACCUUCGCUUCCCCACCGACACCUGGACAUCCGUGCGCCGUAUCCACGUUAGUCCAGACCACCUCUUCACGCAGCCGGUUGGUGAGGGAUUCCCUUCGCAUGUCACCGCGGACCAGAGCGUAGAGACUUUCGACGACGAGAAGAUGAUCUCCCGUGAGGCGGAUUAUGAGUGGGUUGAGGGGUUC